UCCCAUUGAGCGUGCGAACAACAGCGCGAUGAACUAUGGCGUCCCAACAAAAGCCGCACAGUCGGCGGAACUGUAACUGUUCACACCCUUUCCCCAGGUGCAGCUAAACAAUUUGAAAUCAGAACGGCAAGCACUGCAACUACCACAACAACAAUAACAAUAACAAUGUGAAUGCAACGCCAAACAAAGACAGCAAUAACCAAGUGGCUGACCUUCUGCCAAAGCAUGGAGUGGCGUUGAACGGUUUCGCAAUCUCCACCAACCACUCUCAGGGGCUGGGCGGCUUCUCAUUCUCAGCGUAAAUGUGAAUGCGAGUGCGACUUGGCUGGGAGUCCAAAGAAACAUUCAGUUAUGAACGGAUCCAACUGCUAGUACAGCUAACCGUGUGUGUCUGCAUCAACAAGUUACUGCGGCAUACAUACACAUACACCUACAUUAAAUUCAAUACAUACGCACCUUCGUAGGAUGGAUGCACAAUUUGAACAUUUGUGCCGCAUUUGCGCGGCCAAUACAAAAAAUAAAAACACUUCUGUGGCGGAGAGUGUGUUCAUCUUGAAGACUGCAGGCCUAAGGGAUAAAAUAGCCAAGCAUCUAUUCCUGACCGUCGCCGAAGAUGAUCCUCUGCCAAAGGUGCUUUGCAAAUCCUGCUACCGACAGGUGGAGGCCACCGCUUCGCUCUCCAAUAUUGCGAAGCAUACUCAACGUGUGUUUCGCGACUUUUUGCUAAGCACAAUGCCGAAACUUGGACCAGUGCCUCAAGUGCCUUCAACACAAAACCAAGAUACCAGUGCCAGUGCCAGUGUCAGUAUCAGCAGCAAGCACACCAACAGCAACAAUAGCAACAGCAACAGCAAUAACAACCGUUCUGAUCACCGUAGAGAAAAUCCAAGGAUUGACACAUUUCAGCCAAUAAUGCUGACCCGUCCGCCGGAGACAACCAUCAUACCGCUGCCGCCACGUAAUGUGAAUGUGAGCGAGAAGAAAAAGGAGGAGAUCGUGAUCACGUUAGCCACAGCCGAGAUCCGGCUUUGUGAUCUGCUGAGGCUCAUUACUCAGGCGCUCAAAUGGCCUGUGACGUCCAUAAACAGCGAAGAGCAAAUGUCGCGUUUAAAGAACUCGAAAUUCUCGGUUAUUAUGUCUGACAGCAACCUGUUGCAGGAUAACGAUUUGACCCAGAUACUUGGCCCAUAUCUGACACCAAUAAUGGCUGCCGUGCAGCAACAGCAACAGAAUCAGUCCACGCCCAAUGCUGCUAAAGAAACUUCGCCUGCCAAGAGCCCAGCUCAUGAAGCAACUGAGCUGCGGCUCAUGGGCACAGACGUGAAUCCGUGCACCAUGCCGUAUAAAUUACCGCCAGAAACUUCAGUACAAUUAGUGCCUUCAAGCCCCACAGAACAAACACCACAGCUGCCUGUUUCGCCCAGUAAAUCAGAAAGUCGCUCGUCCAACGCGAAGCGUUCGCAGCGCAAGAUGCGUGCUCGUGGAGAUGCUGACACCUCGGCAGCAGCCAAUACGUCGAGUGCAGCACGUGUUGCAAAUGAAUUACUUAACAUUAAUACAACGCUCGUCUCACAAUUUGGCUCAAAUCCUGCGGAUGCCAUAAAUGAAGCUUUGAUUUCCAUCUUGAAGCAACGCGAGAAAUUGCAUAGUCAACCGACACGCAGGCGCCGCAGCUCGACUCCGGCUGACACAAACAGUGAGCUGAACUUGGAAGAUAUUGUGCUUGUCGAGACGCCAGCCUCACUGGAGACUGAAGCUGAUGGCGAUGGCAAUGCCAAUGUUGUCAGCUUUAAAUUGCCAGCACAAAUACUGCCGGAGCCAACUGUUGUAACACGUCCGAUUAUAAAGCGGCGCAAGACCAAUGCUCAAACCUCAAAUCAACAACAAAAAGAUGCAACAGCUAAGACACAUAUAGAAACUACUAAUACUACUACUACUACUCCUACUGCCAAGACUGAACCAGCAAGAGCUUCAACAGCCCCGGUAGAGCGCAGCCUCUCAAUGGAAACUAGCGUAAACGAGUCUGCAGUUGAGAUAGAGCCACAAGCUCCUACCAGCACAAUGCCAGAAUCAACUACGCUAAAGAGUGCGGAGCAGCAACUAGAGGAUGAAGAUGAAGCAACUGAAGAAGUCGCCGCCAACAACGGGGAAGACAAUAGUUUGAAUAAGCCAGCAGCUGACAGCAAUCGCAAGGAAGAUGUCAAGGCGGUGCUGGGCAAAAAACUUUUGGAAGCCAUUGGCUUGCCGCAGUUGGCCAAGAAUGUGCCAGUGGAAACCUCCCGUGACACACUGCGCAGUGCCUUAAAGCGCUCGCUGAAGCAGGCCCAAGAGCAACAGCAACACUUGAAGCGCUUGAAACAAGAGGAGCCCGUCAAGCAAAUGGCAGACUCGACUACAAAGCCCGUGGCCGGUGAAUCUGCGGAGGAGCACAAGAAAGCUAUAGCCGAGCGCGAGCUUGAACUACUCAAGCGCAAAUCAAAGAGCAUGGAACUCAACAAGACAUUGAAAGAUGACAAAUUGGAGCGCACCAAUGAUAUUUCGUCGUCGUCACGCAAUCGCCGCAGUCGCUAUAAAUCAAAAACAGACAUCAAUGAUGAUUCGGGUGCUGAGGACGGCAGAAAGGAGCGUUGGGAUGAAGAUGACGACUUGCCACUAAGAGCAGAAAGCAGAUUGUCCGAUCCUGGAACUAGCUCGAAUCGUCCAACACGCACCAGCAAAACCAUGUCCAAAUACUACAAGAGUCCUGGCAACGAGAAAGGAUUGCUCUCCCAAAAAUCCCAGCAUGCAAUGGGCACCCGGUCCACGCGACAGCGUUAAUCCUUUAUUAUGAUUACGCCUGGACAUAUAAAAUAUGUGCAGGCAUUGUUGAAAUUUCUCAAUCUACGUUAGUUCCAUUUGUACACAGUAAGUGUAUCUGCUUACCUUAACUCUAACCCUAUGCCUUUUAUAAGAAUAUGAUACAAACAUAUAUUAA